UGGUGGUGGGAUGGAUGGAGGUGAGGAAGUAAUUAGAGAAUGGGACAUAGAGGUUGAUCUGGCAACGGAAACUGAAGAGCAGUCAGGUAGGUUGGGGAAUCAAACCAGCUAUUUAUUAAGCAUUUACCAUGUGCCUCUAAGCCUGUUACACAUUAGGGAUACAAAGAAAGACAAAAUAGGGAGUUCAUAUUCUAGCAAGUAAUACAACAAAAAAAGUAUCCGUAAGAUAGUUACAGUGUAAUUGGAAGGUAAUCUCAAAUAAUUCAAAGGUGGGAUUUUUUUUAAACCCAUAUCUUCCAUCUUGGAGUCAAUACUGUAUAUUGGCUCUAAGGCUGAACUCGUAAGGGCUAGGCAAUAGGGGUUAAGUGACUUGCCCAGGAUCACACAGGAAGUUUUUUAAUCCAAAUUUGAACGUAGGACCUCCCAUCUCUAGGCCUGGCUCUCAAUACACUGAGCCACCCAGCUGCCCCUCUCAAAGUGGGAUUUUUAAAAAGUUUUUGUGAUGCUGUCACCAUAAUUUUAGUUAGUAUUUCUCCCCUUCUUAAAAAGCCAUCCAAUAUAACAAUAUUUAAAGAGAAAAUCAGCAUUUCUGAUCAAUAAAUACAUUGAAAGUAUGAAAAUGUGUAUAGUGUACCACAUUUAUGGACUUCCCACCCCUCUGAAGGGUUGAGGUAUCUAAUCAUAUCUUUGGGGCUAUGUUUGUUCUUUGUGAUUUUGCAACAUUAUAAUCAAUCUUGAAUACAUUGUUUCCCUGAUUCUGCUUUCUCUUCACUCUGAGAAGGUGAGAUUUGAGCUGUUUUGAACAAAAGCCAAGGAAACCAGAAAGAUGAGAAGACAGAGAAUUCCAACAAUGGGGGAGAGCCAGUGAGAAGGCAUGGAGUCGAGACAAAGAUCAUUAGGGAGAAACAGCAAGAAGGCCAAGAAACAAUUUUCAAAGCCCAAUCAGGUGGUGAGCAUGGCAGAACAAGAACCUACAGCAGAGCAGCUGGCUCAGAUUGCAGCUGAGAAUGAAGAAGAUGAACACUCUGUCAACUAUAAGCCCCCAGCACAAAAGAGCAUCCAGGAGAUCCAGGAGUUGGACAAGGAUGAUGAGAGCCUUCGGAAGUAUAAAGAAGCCCUGCUGGGCAGUGUGACUGUUUCUGCUGAUCCCAAUACUCCUAAUGUCAUUGUGACACGCUUGACCCUGGUAUGCAGCACAUCGCCUGGUCCUUUGGAGCUAGAUCUUACUGGUGACCUGGAGAGCUUUAAGAAGCAGUCAUUUGUGCUGAAGGAGGGUGUGGAAUACCGGAUAAAAAUCUCUUUCCAGGUGAAUAAGGAGAUCGUAUCAGGCAUGAAGUACAUCCAGCACACUUACAGAAAAGGCGUCAAGAUUGACAAAACUGACUACAUGGUGGGCAGUUAUGGGCCUCGAGCAGAAGAAUAUGAAUUUCUAACCCCUGUGGAGGAAGCUCCUAAGGGCAUGCUGGCUCGUGGCAGCUACAACAUCAAGUCUCGCUUCACAGAUGAUGACAAGACGGAUCACCUCUCCUGGGAAUGGAACCUCACCAUCAAAAAGGAGUGGAAGGACUGAACCUAUGGCCCUAGAGAGGGAGGGAGGGAGGGAGGAAUCCCCAGACAGUGGCCACAGGAGAACCCUACCCUUAAUCUGAACCCCCAUCCAAUUUUCCUUUUCAGUCCCUAAUCCCAUACCAAAGUGCUGACAGGGGAGUCUCCACCCCCACCUGACUAUCUUCUCACACCCCUGGUCUUUCUCCUCUGGAUGGGAGGGAUCCCAUUUUUGUCUUCUUGGGCCCCUUUUCAACCUCCCAGGUGGUUAUCGUUGUUUUUCCUGUUGCUGCUUCAGCCCAGUAUCUUGCUUGGAGGUGGGGGCUUCAGCCAAGGCCUAAACUUCCUUGAAGACCCCAAUUCUUCCCUUGGGCCAAGGGGAAGAGUGUUUGUUCUGGGCUUCAACAGGAAUUUAAAUUCUCUUCCCUCAGCUGCUGCAGCCCCACCAAUCAUGUCUUGUUCCCCUUGGAGGAGGGGGGUGGUACACCACAGAAUCUGGGUAGUGAAGAGACCUCUGGCCCUUCUACUGCCCCUUCUGUGUGGCCAUCUAGGGCCUGUCAGUUCAUUCAUUGCUGUCUGUAACCGUGUAACCAUGAUGCCUUAACAUGUGGAACGUGUGCUAUGUGGGGAGAACCACUCCCCCCCCCCCAAUCACUAACCUCUGGCUCCCCUGUGUCUGCAUGAGCAUGUGGUUCCCUCUCCCCAUCUUCCCUCCACCUUCACUAAUCAAGUGACUUGUAUUGUCUGUCUGUGCUGCUGCCCCUUCUCCCUAGCUUGCCCAGGGUCUCAGCCCUACUCCCCCUUCCAGACCAGGGCUCGAGGAACUGCUCCCAACUGGUGAGAGCCAAACUGCCAAAUCUCUAACUUGUUCUUUCUCUCCGUACCCCAUUCCCACACUCCAGAAGGUUGGGGUUUCUUCACUCUCUGGAGAAGCUCUGGCUUUCCCAUCCUGGUCAUUUCUCUGUGGUCAGGGCAGCUCUCCUACCUGGGGAGUCUCCAGGCCUAUUUGAACAAAGACACCCCUCCUCCCCCAAGGACAAAGCCAAUGGUUGAGCCUUAUUUGUCCCUGGCUGGAGCUCUCAGCCCCUGCCUUGGAAUCUUGUGCCUGGCCUGUCAGUAUGUAUUGCCUUGAUCUGUGCCGACCUAAGGCCCUGCUCAACUGGCCCCUCUUUCUCCCUUGGGAUCCAGGGCCACCAUCCCCAGGUAGGGCCCACCCUCACCCAUAAGGCCUAGCCAAGACAGACAUGGGACCAAGUGCACACAGAUUUGGGAGCUAUGGCUCCUGUGCCUCCCUUCUUUUCCCUCCCUCUCCUACUUUGCUGCCACCAGUCUCUUGGUUUGAUGUCACAAACUCUUGAGGCCCUGGUAACAGGUUUGGAAUUGCCUGGCUACUUCUCCUUUUCAGAUUGGGGAAAUAAACUCAAUAUAGACAA